CCAUUCACUCCUCUCAUUCUCUUUCUCUGAAAUAUGGGUACUGUAGAGAAGUAGCCACUGAAUCCUCGAGUUUUGUUUUGACAGCAAGUUGGUUUUGGUAACACCAAGCUGACGCAGACAAAGCGCGUUCCUGUACCCAAAAGUCUCGCACCCAUUAUACGAUAUCACCGUCGUCAUUCAUCCGCCUUCCCUUUCUAGCACCUCUGUCUCUCACUUUCACUCCUCUCUCCUCCUACUCCUCCUUCCAUGUUUGAAUCACCGAGCUCUGAUCCUAAAGACCAGGGAGCUUCCCGUACUUGAUUUUUCUCUGAGUAUUGGGAUCCCCCCCCCACCAAACAGAUCCCCUGCAAUUUCUGGGUCUGCUUUGAAUUCACUCUGAGAGCGAACAGGUUUUAAGGUUGGGGGUACACUCCCACCCCUGCUCCUGCUACUUCACUCCUAAAACGACAAAGCACCACAGUUCAGAAAGGGAGCAUCUCGCUCCACCACUUUGCAUUCUCUUCUCUCUUCGCAGCCUCGAUCCCCGGUUCCAACACAGCGACCCCCACAUUUAUUUUUGCCCUUCGUAAUUCAAAUUUGAAAGGGAGCUCUUCAAUUUCUUCCCGACCUCGAAUCCAUAAAGGAGCAAUUUUUAAUCCUCUAUCGACAUAAAGUUGCCAUUUUUGAGACUGGGUUCGAACAUGGGUAAGCGAUCGUCGUCGUCGGCGAGCAAAGACUGGGCUCAGAUCUAUGCCGUGUACGGCGUCGACCAGUGGCAGACCCUGCUCUUCCUCUUGUUCCACGCCGUCCUCUUCUCCCUCCUCUCCCUCCUCUUCCUCCUCUACUUCGACCCGAUUUGCGGCUACCUGGAGUCCUCCCUCUCCUCGCCCGGCGGGGCCCGGUACGCCGCCGGGUUCGCCGGGGCGGUGACGGCGAUCUCCGCCGUCUGCCUCUUCUUCGCCGCCGGGAACUUCCUCUACUCGGCGGUGCCGCUGCACCAGGAGAUGGCGCAGCGGAUGGUCAACGCCGUGAGCGACUGGUCGGCGGUGAGGAACGCGCUGGACCUCGGGUGCGGGCGGGGGCUGCUCCUGAACGCGGUGGCCACCCAGCUGAAGAAGACGGGCAGUUCAGGCCGGGUCGUCGGGCUGGCGCCGGGCAAGGGCGCCGCGCUUGCCACUCUCCGGACGGCGAAGAUGGAAGGUGUGCAGGAGUACGUCACGUGCCGGGAGGGCGACGUGCGGAGCCUGCCGUUCCCGGACAACUACUUCGACGUGGUGACGUCGGCCGUGUUCGUGCACACGGUGGGGAAGGAGCACGGCCACCGCACGGUGGAGGCGGCGGCGGAGCGGAUGCGGGUGGUGGGCGAGCUCGUCCGGGUACUGAAGCCCGGCGGGGUCGGGGUCGUGUGGGACCUGCUGCACGUGCCGGAGUACGUGCGGAAGCUGCAGGAGCUGAGGAUGGAGGACAUCCGGGUGUCGGAGCGGGUGACCGCCUUCAUGGUCGGCAGCCACGUCGUGUCGUUCCGGAAGCCCAACCAGGCCGUGGCGGGGCCGGGCGAGGUCCGGCUGGACUGGAGAUGCUGACCCGGAAUACGGGAGAGCUAGGAAUCCAAUCCCCAAAUACUUCAGAACAGUAGGAAUGUCAAGUUAACCCAAAAAAGAAAUUACAAAAAAAAUGGAAAAUUGAAUAAGCAGCAAAAAGACAAUAAUAAAUGAAGCUGGGGAAAAAUUAUAUAUUGGUUUAGACACCAAGCAAGUAGUCUUUUCUUCCUUUUUUUACUUCCUUUGUUUUUUGGUUGACUUGAGGUCUGGGGAGACAAAGCCAAACCAGAUGAAUAGUAGGGAACUGCAGAAGGAGAUUAGGCAGGGGCACAUGUUUCUUCUGUAUUGACAUUUGUUAAUGCCUAUAUAACAUUAAUGUCACUGUUCUUGGUUCUUCUUGUCCUCCA